AUGGAGACAGACGGGGGUGGGUGGACAGUGUUCUUGAAGCGUCAAGAAGAUAAGCUCCUCAACUUUAACAGAUCCUGGAGUGAAUAUAAGGACGGGUUCGGUAACCCCUCUGGCGAAUACUGGCUGGGGACGGAGUACCUGCACACCAUAACCUCCAACCGGGACUACGCACUAAGGCUCGACCUCCAAGCUGGUACCUGGCAACAGUCCAUCUGGGCGAACUUCAAGGUGGACGACGAAGUUGAAAGGAACUGUCUGGCUCAUUCUAAUGGCCGCUUCUUCUCAACCUACGAUCGGGACCAAGACUCUGUACUCGAUAACUGUGCACUGCAACAUGGCGGCGGCUGGUGGUACUACAACUGUCAACACUUCAACCCCACCACCUCACUCAACGCCUCGGGUGGCUUCAAUAUCUCUUGUUACAACAAGGACUUCCAGACCGUCCAAAACCUUCAGCUAAAAAUCCGUCCUGCCAUGUGUAGCGCCAACGUCAAGGCCGUCUACUUGAAUAGAUAUAAGUGUGAAGGUUGUCAUCAUGCAGUGCAGCCACUUACCAUUAAGGGAGAUUAA